GAGCGCCCCCUUGCGUAGUACACGCGUCCCUGUUGCCAUGACACCAGCCAACCACAGGGGGCGGUAGAGUCCGCUGCAGAGACACCAGCUCAGAGACAGCGUUAGGAAACAGGAGCUGCACAACCACAAACAAGCGGAGGUAAAAUAAAGCAGGUUUUAUUCCAAGGAGCACCUGAGUGGUCUUUAGCUGUCUUGACAAAGCGGGGGAAACCGGAGGAAACGCCGUUUAACAAGGUGGACAGUCCGCUGCCUGGUUGCUCGUGGUAACGCUCCGCCAUGCCGUUCCCCUUUGGCAAGUCCCACAAGUCGCCGGCGGACAUCGUCAAAAACCUCAAGGACAGCAUGACGGUGCUCGAGAAGCACGAUAUAUCCGACAAAAAAGCCGAAAAGGCCACAGAGGAGGUGUCAAAGAGCCUGGUGGCCAUGAAGGAGAUCCUGUAUGGGACGAAUGAGGAGCCCCAGACGGAGGCAGUGGCUCAGCUCGCUCAGGAGCUCUACAACAGCGGCCUGCUCAGCACCCUCGUAGCAGACCUGCAGCUCAUCGAAUUUGAGGGUAAGAAAGACGUGGCUCAGAUCUUCAACAACAUCCUGCGGCGUCAGAUUGGCACCCGGACGCCCACGGUGAGUACCUGUUGCACCCAGCAGAAUAUCCUCUUCAUGUUGCUCAAAGGGUAAAGUUCUCCCGAGAUCGCCCUAAACUGCGGCAUCAUGUUGAGGGAGUGCAUCAGACAUGAACCGCUGGCCAAAAUCACGCUGUGGUCAGAGCAGUUCUACGACUUCUUCAGAUACGUGGAGAUGUCCACCUUCGACAUCGCCUCGGACGCAUUCGCCACUUUUCAGGACCUCCUCACAAGACACAAGCUACUGAGUGCAGAGUUUCUGGAGCAACAUUAUGACAGAUUCUUCAGUGAAUAUGAGAAGUUACUCCACUCUGAAAACUACGUGACUAAAAGGCAGUCCCUCAAGUUACUGGGCGAGUUGCUUCUUGACCGACACAAUUUCACCAUAAUGACGAAAUACAUCAGCAGGCCAGAGAAUCUCAAAUUAAUGAUGAACCUGCUACGAGACAAGAGCCGCAACAUCCAGUUUGAGGCUUUCCACGUUUUUAAGGUGUUUGUUGCGAACCCCAACAAGACGCAGCCCAUCCUGGACAUCCUGCUGAAGAACCAAACCAAACUCAUCGAGUUCCUCAGCAAGUUCCAGAACGAGACGGAGGACGAACAGUUCAACGGAAAGACUUACCUGGUCAAACAGAUCCGGGACCUGAAGAGGCCGGCCCCCCAGGAGGCCUGAGGAAAAGGCUGUAGAGGUGGGGUGAGGGGGGGGGGGGAAGGAAACAUCCGGACAGUCUGCUUAACGGACCCAUCAGCAGCCGGUUUCUGAACAAGAGGGAACAACGCACCCACAUCAACUCAUCAGGAAGUCGACAGCUCCUCCGUGAACUUUUAUUUACUUAUUUUUAAAGUAUUUUUCCUUCAAAAGAAAUAAGAGAAAAUAAUAGAUGCUGCUGCUGCUGCUUUUCUUUCUUGCACAUUGAGACAUGUUAGGUAUAUUAUGAUGAACGAAGUCCAUCGAACAUAGUGUGACAGAAAAUGUCCGUGCACUCACAGUUAGGCAGACUUCCUGACACACAGUUUUACACACAUAUGUAUUACAUUAAAAACAAAACAUGCAUACACACAUAAUGCAAGAAUAUCAGCUAAGACCUUGUGAUGGAAAUGGUACGAGUUGAACAUUUGGUGUGUUGGUUGCAUGCCUUGAAAUGUGACAUGGCUGUACCCAGCGCGCUCUGAUGCUCAUGUUCAGCGCCACACUCACAUCUAUGCCUUCAUCCAAUAAAGACACGGUGGUUCAUUUUCAGCGAUUCAGAUGCCAUCACAGAACCAUUGACCUCCUGUGUGCUUUCUUACAGCACCUAAAGCACAUGAUGAUGAGGAGGAGGAGGAGGAGGGGGGGGUGUAAAGGUGUGGAUUCAGUGAAGCCCCCAGAGUUGGGUUUUUCUGGGAAAGGUUGAUCGUGUACAUAUGCCUUUUUUGCUCUGUAGAUUUGUGUUUAACCUUGACAUAUGAAUAUAUAUUAUAUAUAUAUUACCUUAAACAUCCCGUUGUUGGUUAAUUGUAAUCUUAUUACUUUCUAAACUAUACAAAAAGAAGUUAAGUGACAUUGUUUUACAUUUUACUGCUGAAAUGGUUGCCGUUGGGUUUAUUUGUGCAUACAGGCUCACAUUUAGCUAACCUAUAGGAUGUCAUGGUAUUAGCUCUGGAUGUGUUUUAUUCUCCCGUCUACAUUUUGAGUAUCUCUCAGAUUGCUGAAAAUGUGUAGAAGAGGGGAGGGAGGGGUUUGGGGGAGCAUUAACUGAAACAUUAAAGCUGUGCACUUUGUGAGGUGCUGAGCGGAGUCGAGGGGAUUCACCCCCUUCCUCUAUUUCAUUAACUUGAUACUCUCACCCACUUUGCUUCUGGCCUGGGAGAGCAGCGAGCCCCACAGAGAGUGUUUCAGGGGUGAACUCGUCAGCACCAUUCUUACUUUUCCCCCUUCUCCUCACGUUGAGCCUUUCUUUUCAGAGGGUUCAUAAUUCCAGUACAGGUUUUAGUGUAAAGCAUCGUGACUAGCGGACUAAUCUGGGCAUGCUGGAUUGUCCCGAUGGUGGAAACGGCAGAUGUGUUCAUUAACAGCAUGUCAUUAAAAGUGAAUACAUGCAAGUAAGGAAAUAUCCGUGCGAUACUCAGAGCCGGAAGUCCCUCCAUCCGCAUCGAACAUGCAUGCUCCUCCACUGGCUGUGCAUGAUGCUGUACUAAAAGAUGUUGUACUGGAAUUGUUUCUUUUUUCCUAGUAUUUAACAUUAAAAUGUCAAACUAAACUUUCUGCUGUAUGUUGAGGCCAGUUUCAGCAGAGAGCGUGUGGGUGCGUUCGGAAGUGUCAAAGGCCUACAAACAAAAUAAAGAACAAAAAAAACAUUUGGAAUAAAAUAA